ACAAUAAGCUGGAGGGUAAAGUGUUGUCACGUGACCUGAGUGAGAUGCGCGCACGCCUCUUCCUGAACCUCGGCUUCCUGUACGACAUCAUGGGGCAGGCGGAUAAGUGCAGCUUCUACAUCAGGAAGAGCAUCUUCAUCGCAGAACAGACCCAGCUCCAUGAGGAUCUGUACAGAGCCAACUCCAACCUCGCCAGCAUCCACCUGCGCAACGGUGAGCACUCCAAAGCCAUCCGCUGCUGGGAGGCGGCCCGGGAGUGCGCAGUACGUAUGCGCGACAAGUACAUGGAGAGCGAAUGUUACUGCAGCAUCGGCCAGACUCUGCUAUCUCUGGGAGACUUCUCUGCAGGAAAGCGGUCUCUGAAGAAAGCGUUCCGCCUGGGCAGUCUGCAGGAGUCCGACCGUGACACAGUGCGCCGGAGCCUGAAAUACGCGAUUAAAGGGUGUCAGCUGGAAGAGAUGUUGUCAGAGCUGACAGAAAGCACCCAGCAGGGGGCGCUGUCCUUGAAUGAGCAACUGGGGGACCUCUACUGUAAGGUCGGCUGCUACAGGAAAGCUGUGGAGUAUUAUAAGAUGCAGCUUCGCUGCGCCGAGUCCUUGUGCCGUCCUGACCGGGAGCUUGCAGUCAUCCAUGUGUCCCUGGCUGCGACCUUUAGUGACCUCAGGGACUAUCGUCAGGCCGUGGAGCACUAUCGAGCUGAGCUGGACCUGCGCAGAGGGAAUCCCCGCGAGGAGUGUAAGACGUGGUUGAACAUGGCGCUGGCAUUGGAGGAGGAUGGUCAGGGGUACAAGGAGGUGCAGAGCUGCCUAAACAGUGCCAGGAAGUGCGCCCGAGAGGCUGGAGAUGCCCAACUACAGAGGAAGGCCCUGCGGCAGCUCCUCAGCGUCCAGCAGAAGUGGGGGGCCCCGGAUGUGGAGGAGACGGCGGCGGAGUUACACGAGCUCUGUGGUGGGGAGAGUGGGGAGAGCAGUGAGGACGAGGAGAACAGUGACCCCCUGCAGGAGAGCGAGCUGGAGCUGUCCCAGAGCGAGGACGACGACCUGGAGGGAUACGAGAAGUCUGUGCCGGGGCGGAGGAGGGCCGUGCGGUGGAAUCGCCGUAAUGAGAAGGGGGAGACGGUUCUGCAUCGCGCCUGUAUCGAAGGGAACGCCAAGAUGGUGGAGUGCCUACUGGAGAAGGGACACCCCCUGAACCCCCGAGAUUACUGUGGAUGGACCCCCCUUCAUGAGGCCUGUAACCAUGGACACCUAGAUAUUGUCCAGUUACUGCUUGAGCACGGGGCGAACAUCAAUGAUCCUGGGGGUCCAUUGUGUGAAGGGAUCACUCCCCUCCAUGAUGCUCUUUCCAGUGGUAACUUUCACGUGGCUCAGCUGCUGAUAAAAAGAGGAGCGUCUGUAACCCAAAAGAACACCAAGGGAGUGACCCCACUCGGCAGCCUGCAGGAAUGGAUUCACAUAUACGGGAAGCACCUGGACCAGGAGACGCGGAGGGACUGUAAGGAGACGGAAAAGAUGCUGCGGGAUGCCCUGGAGGGAAGGGCAGUCUCCUCCACUCCUAAGCCGGCCCCCGAGCUCCAGGACAGCGAGCUUUUUGAUGCGGAGGGCUCCGAACCACUUAUGGUCAGCCCCUCUUAUUCCUCUAGGAAGCAGCAGGAAAACUCUGCCACUCCAAGAGGUCGCUCAGUGACAGAGCAUCGAAUGCACAGGCACCUGCGACAGUCCAGCCCAGAAGACAAGGAUUUCCCCAUACAUCGCUCUCCUCCACUCCGAUCCAGCACCCAAAUCCCUGAGGAGGAGGAUGCGCCCAUAGAGGAGCCCGAGCAGCUUAUGACCCCUCUCAGACCAGUAAAGAAGCGGCCACGUCUUGGAGCGCCAAUGUCAUCCUCUGAUUCAGACGUCAGGGAGAGAAGUGCGGGGCCAGAUCCUCCCAGGCUCCCGGAGAGCGGAAGAGAAGCCUACCAGAAAGCCAUGCAAGGUCUGGGCAGUGCCAAAUCCCGCCUGCUGACCCAGAGCCUGGCACUACCAGAGGUGGCCCCCAGCCCUGAGGAGCCGGCGUCCAUGUGGGCCCUGGUGCCCUCAGAAGAUUACCUUGGAGAUGAUUGGCUGGAAGAUGAUUUAUUGGUGGACUCUCGCUCCAGAAAGAGAAGCCGCAGGUCCCCGGGAAGCCUGGAGGUGGAGGAGAUAGAGGAGUCUAGUGAGGAAGAGACGGCUGAGGCAGCACUCCGCCGGAGGGAGAAGGCCGUCCCUCGUACUCUGUCCAGAAAACGCUCCCGCCAGACCAAGCUGACACAGAUUGUAGACCGGGCUGUGGUGGGGCGCACGAAGAGCUGUCAGGGGGGGCAGAAUGACGUCUCCAUCCCCCGCAUAAUGGACAGCGCCAGAGCAAUGAACACAAGUAUGGAUGGCGGGGGCACCCCUUCUCCUGCCAUCACUCAGCCCCCCUCAGUGAAUGUGAACCCUUCUAUGCCUCCACCAAUCAGAGUGCGGGUCAGAGUUCAGGACAACAUCUUUCUCAUCCCGAUCCCGCACAGUGAUGGAGACACGCGGGAGGUGUCCUGGUUGGCGGAGCAGGCCUCUCAGCGCUAUUACCAGAGCUGUGGGCUCCUUCCCCGUCUCACUCUCAGGAAGGAAGGGGCCCUGCUGGCCCCCGAGGACCUCGUGCUUCAUGUCCUGCAGAGCAACGAGGAGGUUGUGGCUGAGGUGACCUCCUGGGAUCUGCCGCCCCUCACUGACCGCUACAAGAAGGCCUGUCAGAGCCUGGCUGUGGAGGAGAAUCGCCUUGUGCGGAAGGCUCUGGAGCAGCAGGAGAUGAGCUCCUCCAUUUCCCUGUGCCGCCUGUCCCUGCAGGGGCGCCACCUCUGUCCACUCAUCCGCUCCCUGAAGCUGCAGAGCUCCCUGCGCCGGCUGCACCUGAGCGGAAACCUUCUGGGCGAUCCAGAGGUGGAGGAGCUGCUCUCCAUGCUGGGAACCAUGCCCAACCUGACCCACCUGGACCUGUCCUGUAACCGCCUGACACAUGAGGGCAUCAGGAGGAUGGUGCCGGCCCCGGGCACCCCGGACUACAGAGCCCUGGAGAACCUGGAGGAGCUGGACCUGAGCAUGAACCCGCUGGGCGAUGGCGUCUCACAGGCCUUGGCAUCGCUGCUGCUCCACUGCCCGGUGCUGCGCUCCCUGCGCCUGCAGUCCUGCCAGCUCUCCGCCAAGUUCUUACAGCAAUAUCGCCUCCUACUGGCCAACUCCUUCAGAGGGGCUGUUCACUUGAAGAACCUCUGUCUCUCCCACAAUCCUCUGGGUUCCACAGGGGUGGAGCUUGUACUGAAGACCAUUCCCCAUGAGACCAUCUCAGGCCUGGAGCUUGGAGCCGUAAGUGCGGGGGACGCUCUGAUCAUGGAGCCUCUGAUACGAUACCUGACUCAGGACGGCUGUGUCCUCUCUCACCUUGUCCUCUCCACCAAUCACCUGAGCGAUGAGUCUGUGCGGGAUCUUUCCAGGUGUCUCCCCAUCUGCUCCUCCUUGACCUCUCUUGAUCUGUCGGGAAAUCCUAAAAUUGGAGCAAAUGGAUUUCAUUACCUGCUGAAAGGAAUUCAGGAGCGAAACCAAGAAAUGAAGGAACUCAAUGUCACAGGUUGCAGUAUCCAGGGGCCCUUUAGUAGCUGCUCCUUCGACAUCCUGUCCUUCUCCCUCCAGGAGCUCAGACUCUGUUCCCAAAGCCUUGCCAAAAAGGACCGAGAGAUGUUGUUGCAGACCUGGCCCGGGGAGGCGCUCAUCGUAAAUCAACACAACAAACUCUUCUUCAAGAGACUGACGUGAGGCUCCAGGACCAACCAGAGGACAUGGGGUGGAGGAGGGCGCCCAUGGGAGGACAUGGGGAGGGCGCCCAUGGGAGGACAUGGGGAUGGCGCCCAUGGGAGGACAUGGGGAUGGCGCCCAUGGGAGGACAUGGGGAUGGCGCCCAUGGGAGGACAUGGGGAUGGCGCCCAUGGGAGGACAUGGGGAUGGCGCCCAUGGGAGGACAUGGGGAUGGCGCCCAUGGGAGGACAUGAUGAAACCGUAAUCUCUGGUGACCUAGAAGAAGACGUCGUCUGUUCCUCAGUCUGGGACCUCACUCCCAAAACGAUUCUGUGCAGUUGUUUAAGGGGUUGGUGCAAGCAGUAGGUGGUACCACAACAGCAGAAGACCAGGAUGUAACGGAACACACGCUGAACCUUGGCUGCACAAUCAGGCCUGGUGGGGGAGCCAUUAUUAUGUACCUUCUGUUCACCACACUGUCACAUGACCACCCCUGCUAUUUACAUAGUAUGCCAUCUGUACACUUAGUAUUGACCGUGUAAAUAGCGUAUAUCGCUGCGGAGCCCCGUUAAUAGUGUAGUGCGCCAACGUUCUGCGCCUGUAUGGGCACAUGUAUGUUUUUAUCUGAUUUUAUGGUAAUUUGUGAAAAGUCUAUUUAUUUGUUGUACGUCUGUAAAUAAACAGGUAUUAAGUGA